AUGGAGGGUGAGCUGGGGACCCCCAAUGCCAGUGUGCUGGGGGAGCACUCACUGCUGGCAGGGAGCAGCUGGGUGGCUGCUUUCCUCUGCUUCAUCAUCCUGCUGACCACGGCAGGGAACUUCCUCCUCAUCCUCCUCAUCGUCACGCAGCGCUCCCUCCGCAACACCUCCAACUACUUCCUGGUGUCCCUCUUCAUGUCAGACCUGAUGGUGGGGCUGGUGGUCAUGCCCCCAGCCAUGCUCAACCAGCUCUACGGCCGCUGGGUGCUGCAGAGAGACUUCUGCUCCCUCUGGUCCUCCUUUGAUGUCAUGUGCUGCAGUGCCUCCAUCCUCAACCUCUGCAUCAUCAGCCUCGACCGCUACCUGCUCAUCAUCUCCCCCCUCAAGUACAAGCUGAGGAUGACCUCCUGCAGGGCCCUCUGGCUCAUCCUGGCCACCUGGAGCCUGGCUGCACUGGCAUCCUUCCUACCCAUCAAGAUGGGUUGGCACAAGCUGGAGUUUGAGGUGCAGUCCCUGAACGUCACCUCCCGAGGGGAUGAGGACCAGUGCAGGCUGCUGGUCAGUUUGCCCUAUGCCCUGGUGGCCUCCUGCCUCACCUUCUUCCUGCCAUCUGCUGCCAUCUCCUUCACCUACUGCCGCAUCCUCCUGGCCGCGCGCAAACAAGCUGUGCAGGUGGCUUCCCUCACCUCCACCGUGGCCACCACCACCACCACCACCACCACUGAUGAGAGCACUCUGCAGGUUCCCUGUGCCCCGAGCCAGCCCAUGGCCAGCAGUGAGAGCAGGAGGUUCGCCAACAAGCACAGCAAGAAGGCAUUGAAGGCCAGCCUGACUCUGGGCAUCCUUCUGGGCAUGUUCUUUGUGGCUUGGCUCCCCUUCUUCAUCACCAACGUGGCACAGGCUGUCUGUGGCUGUGUCCCACCAAGCUUCUUCGACGUGCUCACCUGGCUGGGCUACUGCAACAGCACCAUGAACCCCAUCAUCUACCCACUCUUCAUGAGGGACUUCAAGAGAGCCAUGGGCAAGUUCCUGCCCUGCUGCCGGCGCGCGGGGGAGCCGCGGCCCAGUGCCAUCUCCCUCUCCAUGAGGAACUCCAACAGCGGCCCCCGCGCAGCCACCUCCCUCAAGAACGUCCUCACUUUGCAGGCUGAGACUGACUCAGUGGAGUCUGGAGCACUGGGGAACGAUCCCAGCCUGCUGGCAGGCAGGGAUGUCCCCUCAGCCACCCGUGCCCGCUCCGUCAGCCUGUGGGACACGGAGCCCACGGACGCGGAGCUGCAGCGCGGGCAGCUCGGCACACCCGUGGCCUGA